GCUGGAACGCAGCGGAGCGAGCGAGCAAUGUUUGGUGGGCAUCCAUGAUGGCGGCCAGUGUGCGGCGCUCCGCUCGGUGUUCUGUGUAAGGCAACGGCUCAGCGCGGAGAGGCGGCGACCAAGCAUGAAGGGAACGCGCGGGUCACGGCGCCUCGUCUUGUGUGCAGUGUCUAUAGACAGAUAGUAAGGGAGACCAUGUCCUGGGGCGGCGGCGGAGGGAGGCUGGCGGCGGGAGGGCUCCAUGGGGAUGGCUACAACCAACCCCAUCACCAGCAGCAGCAGGUGGGCGUGGGCGUGGACGUGGGCGUGCAGGAGGUGAUAGCGCGGGCGCUGGAGACGUGUGAGACCCACCACCAGUUCAUCGCCUCGCAGGCAGAGCACCUGGAACGCCUGAGGUCGCAGUGUGCCACCAGCGCCCAGCUCACGCAGCAGGAGAUCCGCACGCUCGAGGGCAAGUUAGUGAAGUUGUUCAGCCUACAACUGGUAACAAAGCGGCACUUACCCUCGGGUGUGCCCUUACCUCGUGAGCUGCAGCUUUACCCCUCCCUCAAGCAAUGGCUGCAAGUGGUUGGACUCUGCAAAGAUUCUGUUAUUGGUAUGUGCCAGAGAGUCUCUACACUAGAAGGAUUACUUGAAAAAAGAGAAAAUGAAUUACGCAACAUCCUCAAUGAUUAUGGAGCCGACAAAAGUGAAGCCCAUAAGCUGGCAAGGGCCAUGCACAAUCUCAAACGAUACACAGAGAUACAAAUGCAAGGUCAGGCUGGAGACCCAAACAACUCAGACCUGCCUCUGUACUGGGACUCAUGGGAGAACUGCCCUCCUUCUCCUCGAGCCUCUACCCGAGCACAGAGAGAAUGUCGCUCGUCUGUGUCCUCGUCUGAUGGAGAUGGCGGGAGUGUCACCAGUGGCAGUACUAGUGGAGGUGCGUGGAGUGGAGAUGGGAGUCGAGCCAGCAACAAAGGGGCACCAGUCAGUCAACGUAGUAGUGAUGACUCUUCCACUCCUUCCUCACCCCCUCCUCCUUUGUCCCUGGUUCCUCCACUAAGUCCUGGUGGUCCACUCCACACUUCCUCCACUCUUAAUCUCCCUGGGAGUAUCACUGUCUUCUCUGAGAAGCGAUAUACUCCUCCCCAACUCCUAGUAUUAUCCCAAAGGGCAAGAGUUCAGCCAUCAUUAGGUCGUUCCACAUCACACGAGUCACAGCUUGCGCCAAGGGCUGAGGGUCAUGAACAGCAGUCUUCAGCACUUCUCAGGCAAACUAUGAGUGCCUUUGCUGGAAGUACAAUAAGAUCUAAUGCAUUCAAGUGUCUGAAGAUCACUGCAGAUUUUUGCUUCAGCAGACAACUCUGGCAAGAGGGUGGAUGGGAGCCGGACCAGAACGGAUGUGCGGGACCUAAAGACACCUCAGAACUCUCCAGCACCUUCGACUCUUGCCAGCCCCAUCAAGUCACCUCACUACCCAGAUCCUGCAAAGAUGACAGUCAUAUAAUGAAAUCUACUCUUUCAGUACCAAAGUCUCCACGCACCCCUACUCUAGCUGGUUCAAUGGGUCACAAUGUGCAGCAUCGCUUCAUAAAGACGAUCAAGUCUGCCACUUGUGGUUACUGUCAUCACAAGUUUGCUAUUUUAGGAGGUCUGAAAUGCAAGGAGUGCAGCUACAAAUGUCAUCGUGAAUGUGAGCCAAAAGUGCCACCUUCCUGUGGAUUGCCACAAGAGUUGCUCAUAUUAUUUGCUGAUACUUGGAAGAAGGUUGGUAUGGAUGGAAGUGGUGGGCUGCACAGAGGAGGCACUCCUGGAGUCUCUCCUUCUCACCAUCAUCCAAAUGAUGUCUUCUCUCCUCUACGGGUCGGCCAGAUGUCCAACUCUCAGCCGUCCAUUAGCAUACCAUCCUUCCAGGACCCCAAUUCCAGUUCGAACACAUCCAGCUGCAACUCCUCAACCCCCUCCAGCCCAGCCCUCAUCAUUUCUGCCUCUCCUGCAAGGCAUGAUGCAUUCCAUUUUCCAACCACUCGAGGAUUCCAUUUCCCAGGCAAAGCAAGGGAGGUGAAUGAGGACUGUGGGGACAUCCUGGAUAUGCGGCUUAUUUCACCCCGACCCCCUACCAAGGCCUCUAUAUCAGCUUCCUCCACCCAAAGUGAUGUGAUAGACUCAAGACAGUCUCAUGAUUCUGACCGCACUGUGUCACAAACCUCAGGGUCUGGCAGUACUGGCACUGAUGAUUCUGAGCGCACAAUAGCAGGUCGUGUAGAUUCGCAAGAUUCCACAGUAUCUGAUGGAGAAAAUGCUGAUCCGCGAUGUACUCGUCAGAACAGUGUCAGUAGUGUGUCCCAGUCUCUCCGAGAAUGGGAUAUUCCCUAUGAUGAUCUUGAUAGAGGAGAAGUCAUUGGACGAGGAAGAUUUGGCAUCGUAUAUUCAGGAAAUUGGCAUGGACAAGUGGCUAUAAAAGAGUUGCGAAUGGACUAUGUCAAUGAUGAGAAAACUCUUGAAGCAUUUAAGGCAGAGGUGAGCACUUUCCGCAAGACCCGGCACGAGAAUUUGGUCCUGUUCAUGGGUGCAUGUAUGAAGCCCCCAAGACUGGCCAUAGUGACAAGCCUAUGCAAGGGCAUGACACUCUACAAACACAUUCAUGUACUGAAAGACAAAUUCAAUAUGUCACGCACCAUCUUGAUUGCUCAGCAAAUUUCACAGGGUAUGGGCUACCUCCAUGCCAGGGGCAUCGUUCACAAGGACCUUAAGACCAAGAAUAUAUUCCUGGAGAGUGGCAAGGUUGUCAUCACAGACUUUGGUCUCUUCAAUGUUACGAGACUCUGUCAUGAUAGCAGACGAGGCAACUGGUUAAGUAUUCCCCCUGGUUGGUUGUGUUAUCUCUCCCCCGAGGUCAUGAGGAACUUGCGUGUGAUACAGAAACAAGACGAUGGCCUUCCUUUCACCACAUAUUCAGAUGUUUAUUGUUUCGGUACUGUGUGGUAUGAAUUAUUAUGUGGUGAAUGGCCCCAUAAAGGCCUUCCUCCAGAGGCCAUAAUAUGGCAGGUUGGACGUGGAAUGAAGCCUUCACUGGCACACCUACAGGCUUCACGGGAUGUUAAGGACAUACUCAUGGCCUGCUGGAGUUACCGGCCGGAUGAAAGGCCCGAGUUCUCCACCAUGUUGAACAGCUUGACAAGGCUUCCUAAGAAGCGGCUCCACCGCUCCCCUUCCCAUCCUAUCCACCUCUCACGUUCUGCAGAGAGCGUCUUGUAGACAUCAGAUUUCAAGUCGCGAAGACAUGAUGCAACUGUGGUCGAAUUUGGAGAGUAAGUCACCUUGUGCUGCAAUAUUCAGGCUGUUAUUUUUUAUUGAUGUGUUUCUUAUUUUCCUUGUUAUCUUACUUUGUUCCAAUGAAUUUUAAAGCAGCCAAAAGUGAAAGCAGCAAGUGUGCACAACACUGAUUUGGGAUUGGAUGGUGUUAGGAUAAGCAUUUUUCCAAAUGUGUUUGUCCUUAGAGAACAUGCAGAUAGGAUGUAGAAGCACAAACCUUCUGCAGUUUUUACUACUAGUGGUGGGUGACAAAAGUGUCACUUUUGUUUUCUGUUAGAAAAUUAGAUUUCGUGCUCAAUUUUGCUCUGCAAUUUUGCUGCUUACUACUUUGUUUGUAAAAUCUGUAUAAUGAAUCUUGAAAGUAAGACUAAAAAGGGAAGAAAUGAAAACUGUAAUAAGUAUGUAAUAUGUAUUUUUUCUCAUACUAAUGGAAAUUCUGUUAAAUUGGGAAGAUAGUAUCAUGUUAUUUAUUCAUAAUGUACUUUAAAAGAACCCUCCCAGUACAAGAAUGCUUGGUAUCAACACAGAGUAAGCAUGUAUUCUUGAUAAUGUAGUCUAUUAUAUGAAUCCUUUCUAUUCAAGCUGUUUAGUCUAAAUUAUAGUGUUGUUUUAAUUUAUUGAUGGAAACUUGAAUAUGAAAUUAAUAUGCAUGCAUUAGAAUGAAACAAAAAUAUUUAUAAGGAAUAUGAAGCAGUCGGGUAGUGACUGAGAUCAGAAAGUUUAAAACUAGGAAGAAGUCUUUGUAAAAUGGUUUCCAGAUUGAAACAACUUUAAACUUACUAGUUAAUAAUACAAGUCCAACAUUUUCUAGUCAGCCAAUGUACACUAGAGAGUUUCCUGCAGUAGAUCAAGCUAUAUUUAUACAUUUUUUGAUAAGCACUCAUGGACCUUGCGCAGGACUUCAGUGAGGUAAUUAUUUGUGUUGUGAAGUAGAAGUAGAACAGAUUCUGAAACACCAAUAGGCAAGUUGUGGUAAAA